AUGACUUGUUUCUAAACUCUAACCAACCUACUGGCCUCUCAAAAUAAGAAUGAUUAGCAAGUAUCUCAAUUAUAAACUUCUAAAAUAAUAGUUAAAGAAGCUAUAUAAAUGAAUUAAGACUAAUAAGCAAUACCAGUAUAAUCUAGAAAUCGUGAAGACAAUUAUUCAAAUGAAAAAUUGAAUCAACUUUAAAUAAAUAAUGAUAAUGCUUCUUAGAAUGUAGUAAAAAAUGAGAUGAAAUGUGAAAUAUGCUUUACUAUUGUCAGAUUAGAGGAUUUAGAUGAUCAUAUCUUUGGACAUGAAUUAGAAUUUAAAGAUGAAAUAUCUUAUUUAGAGAGUGACAAUAGUUAAGGAAAUGAAAAUUCCUAAAAUAUUCGUAAUAAGCUAGAAAAAUUGAAUGCAAUGAAAUAAUGCUUAAAGGAAAUCACAAGGUCUCAGACUACAAACAAUUAGUAUAAUUCUUCAGAACCUGGUAUUUUGGAAAAUCUUAUUGAAUAAAGAUAUAAUUAAGAUUAAAAUGAGGAAGAAAAACAACCAUUUUAAUAACAGGAUAUUUUCAACCAAUAAGAGGCCAUGCAUGUUCAAAUGCAUUAGGACAGUCUAUUCGUUAUCACAAAAAUACUUUGA